AAGUGAUUCAUUCUCGUACAAGUGCUGGAACCGUCUGGAAGUGUUGUUUUUCUGUGUUGUCAUCGGCUUACUAAUAGUUUGGGUAUAAACUUUCCAAUUCUGCCUGAUCAUCCUCCAUUAAUCUUUGGUUGGUGAAAAAAGGGUACGCACUUGUGAAAUUCAUUUCAAUAAAACUAGCUUGACAGCAGAACUAAGCUCAUUCGGAUCAUAAAGGUGAACGCAAUAGGUCAGCUAAAACAGUUGGAAAGUGUAUGGUUUUUGAAGGACGACCUAUUUAAGCAAACUUGUUAAGUGAAACGUUGAUAAAAAGAUAAAUAGUGACCAAUAUUACGUUACAAGUUGGAAAAAUUUACGAACAAAAAACAAAAUGGUGUUUCCAGAGGCUCUGAAAGUAACGAUCGUACAGAAGUCGGGCGAACAAGAAAAUUUCGUCAUGUCUGUAACUCGGCACAGGGAAAUCUGCCACAGCUACGAGAAUUUGAAGAAUGAAAUCGUGGCCCGCUAUCCUGGCCUGGUGCAGUCGGAUGAAAUCAAGUUCUACUGGAUUGACGACGAAGGUGACGAGAUAACCAUUGUCAAUCAUGCGGACUAUUUCGACUACAUGGAUUCAAGUACUGCCAAUGGUACCCAAAAGCGUCGCAUUUACGUUAAAGGUAUUAACAAACCCAAAAAGGUUAUGAUCGAAGAAUCACCGAUGGAGGGAUGCUCAACUUCCAAAGAAGAGUCGACCCAAGAGUCUCUUCCGGAAGAUGUUCCGAUUCACCAGAACAUUAUUUGCGACGUAUGCGAUGACAUCAUUCGGGGCCAUCGGUACAAAUGUUUGCAAUGUUUCAACUACGAUCUGUGUAUGCGUUGCGAGGCCAAGUAUCGCCACAAGGACCAUUUGAUGGUUCGUAUCCCAACGCCGCAGAUCAGUCGUCGCGGACCGUUCCGUCUGUUUGAUAAGUUGCGUGGUAUGGCCGCCGAGGCUAGCUCACAGUCAGGAUUUGCCACUGCGUCCGAUGUACAUGAGGAUGAGUAUGAAAACUGCAAACGUUCCAAGCGUUACCACCGCAGACAUAGCAAGGACCGCGAGGAGUCGCGGGAGCGUCGUGAGGAGAAGGAACGCAAGGAGCGAAAACAUCGUCGCGAGCGCUCUGCAAAAUGCGCCGAAGAACGCCGCAGUGCUCGCUAUGGGCACGGAACCGGUCAUCAUUUCAACUUUUCCCAUCUGAUCAACCAGGUGAUUGACCCGGCGAACAUUUCUGCUUUCCUAUCGGCGGAUGCCGCAGCGGCUGCUGCUGCAGCUGCUGCCGAAUCCGCUCACGAAGCCGCUCGCGCCACGAUGGCCAACUGUCCAAUGUUUUCUACGGCAAGCCACACAAGUUCUUCGUCUGCUACUGCCACAUCAUCGGCUUCUACUUCCGCUCAGCCCGACAACAACGCUAGUGCUGAAAAACCCGAAGAGGGUUCUGCUGCUUCAUCCACCAGUGACGGACCACAAAAAGAAAAUGCUUUUGAUCUAUCAUGGCUAUCUCCAACACCGGAAAGUAUUCAGAAAAUUAAUCAAACAUUUUCAAAGAUUUUAGAUCCGUUGGGAAUGAAUAUCGAAAUUCGAAGCAACGGCUCUGCUCCGAAACCUGCACAAACGCAGACUCCUCCUGAGGAGAAAAAGGACAAAACUACCGAGACGGCUAACACUCCGACGACCAGCACUCCGAGUCAAACUUUGCCAGUUGUUGAUGGAACCAGUAACAAAUCAACUGAAAUUGACCCAAUUGCAGAUCUAGAGCAAAAAUUGCAGGCCGCUUUACUUGCCGAUACUUUGAACAAGAAAGGACAACACAACAAUUUUACACACAGUGAUGAUGACGAUUCUUCGUCUGUUAGCAGUGUUUCUCUAUUGAGCGACAAUGAGGCUGGUAAUGGAGAGAAAAAUGAAAAAAGGUGGACACUGGUUGACCUUCCAGAUGACGCAGAUAAGCCUACUACAGAACAGACUACCGAAAUCGCCGAAGAGGCUACGGCUGAACCAAAUGUUCCAUCUUCAAUGACACAAGCAUCGGUAACACCUGCUACUCCAGCAUCUGUCCCGGAGGUAGCUUCGGCAUCCUCGGCCCCCGUUAUGUCGAUCGAUUACGAACAAUUGGGCAAAGCUUUGAAGCAACACAUCGAAGCAGAAAAACAGGCUGCCGCGGCAUCAAAAACAUUGUCGACUCCACCAACCGUGGCAACGUCGUCACGUCCGAUCCAGGGUGCAAUCCCUCUACCGCCAUUCGUUUCGCAGCCAAUUCCGGUGGAAAUUCAACUACCGUCGCCAGUUUCUCUACCGACUCGAACUGCAAUCCCUAUGCCAGCUCCGGUCAUCUCUUUGAAGCAGAGCUUCGAGGCUUCAAAACAGGCUGCUGAAGCUUCAACAACUUUGCCAACCGUCGCUUCAUCUCCAUCGAAACCGAUUCAUGCUAUGCCGACCCCGAUUCGUGUUCCACAGGCAAACCCGAAUAUUACCUAUAGUUCCAGAUCCCACGUGAACCAUGCCGUUCAUGCGAUGAUUGCUAUGGGUUUCAGCAACGAAGGAGGAUGGCUGGUUCAACUGUUGGAGUCCGUCAAUGGUGAUAUCCCGCGGGCAUUGGAUCUUUUGACCCCGCACAAAAUUAAUCCCUAAGCAAUAGGGGAGCUGUUUUUUUAAGAGCAUAACUUAUAUUAACAUACCUUGUUACGAUAUUGUUCGUGAAAGUGCAGUGAUUAUAGCAAUACAGAAUUAAUCUUUGUGACACGCUAUGUGCACAACAUAACUUAUAAAUAUUACGGACAAGGUGAUAGAUGUUAGAUUUUAAGCGCCGUAUUUUGGAGUUGAGUCACAUUUUAUUUUAUUUCGAAUAUUUUUACCCAUAAUUACCGUACAAAUGUAAUAUGUAUAAUUGUCCCAUGUUCUCCAUGAUCCUCUAUGCACACGAGACAAUUAUGCGUAGAACGGUACUGUUUCAUAAAUUGCAAAACUGUCAAAUGGUUUCACAUCGAAACUUAUUGAAUUUAGUUGACUAGUUUUGCUUUCGUAUAAUUAACCUGUAGAAAAAGUUCACUGUAUAUUCACUAUUUCAGCUACUGCUGUUUAUACAUCGUUCGAGAAUGUAACGUAAAAUGAUUCAAUACAAAA